AAGCCACUCGCUUCCAAAAAGUGGGCACCAAAUCGGCUUACCCCUCCGCUUCCUUUGGAACUCGAAACGUCAAACCGGUCGAACUGACGUUUCCCUGAAAAAAAUGAUAAAAUCAGGAGCACUGCUACUUUGACAUUUAGAAAUGUCAUUUUUUGUUUGUUUUUCGCAACGUCGUCAAAUUCCUUCCCAACCUGGUUCUUUUACUCCGGAGUGGAAUUAUAUGGCCACGGUGGCCACUCAAACGAAUCUCGGAUGAUUACGCGUUGUUGGCCAAUUUAAGGAUAAGAUCACCGACUUUAGGACGGAUUCGGCUGUCGCUGCGGGAGCGGGCGUCGGAGUGACCGUACGGGUCGGAAGAGGAGAGCGACGAGGAACGUGAUGGACGAAGGAGAUCAACGGAAUGAUUCACGCGGUAAAUCUCGGCAGCAACGAGGAAGGCAAGAAGAUUAUUCUGUUCUGGACGACUUCGUUGCAGAGCGUAAGUGAGAUUGAUAUUCGCGAAAAGGCCGAAGUUCUUGCACCUGGCGUUCCUGGCGAAGUUCUUGCACCAGCUGGACACGGGACAGCAAGAGUUGGAUGAUUACGACGGUGAAAAGAGAUCCCAUCUGAUGGCAAACAAACGGUGCCAGUUGCCAAAAAGAAGUUUCUGCGAACAGCGCAAGGGUUACGAAAAAGUUUACGUGCUGGCGGUAAAGCCAAAACCCUCCGAAGAGGCAAUGGGACUGAUGGUCAUCGAUAAGCAGCUCAAGUACGUGCAACCCGUGUUCGCUGGCUUCAAAACGCUCAACAGAAUCGAAAGUCGCCUGUACAAGACGGCCCUCGAGAGCGAUGUAAAUCUCUACUUUGCGCCUCAACCAGUGCCGGUAAAACGAACGCAGAUUUGCCACCAUGAUGCGCGAAAUCUUUAAGCACAUCAACGACGACGGAACGAUCAACGUGGACGAGUUCAAGAUUAUCUAUAUCGCGCCGAUGCGAUCGCUCGUACAGGAAACAGUGGGUAACUUUGGCAAACGCAUCGCGACUCUGACGCGUGUCCAAGUUGGCCGGACAUCAUCAGCUUAGUCGGGAACAGAUUGCCUCAACGCAGUUUGCUCGCCGGAAAAGUGGGACAUCAUCGGCAGAAAGCGCGGCGAAAAAAGUACACCAAGCUGUGUAGCAGCUUGACCUGCAGGGCAUGACGGAGGCUAGCACACCGGUCGUAGAGGUCUGCCAAAGAAACUGCGGGUAGAUUAUCCUAUGACUGACACUACGAGUAGACUGACGAUGGUCUACUCGACCAGCGAAGACGAGCGGGCUGCCCGUGCCCAAAAACGCGAUCAACGAUACCAGCAGUUGGACGAGAAAAAGAGAAGAUCAAAUAGCAGUCGGAGAAGCUGAAAGGACAGAUCAUGCUGCAGAAAAGUUGUAGUGAAGGCGAAACAACGGGAACCUACAGGUGGACGACGGAGUUUAUUGGAAAUGGUGAUAACUGUGCGUUAAGAGGCGUUGUAGAAUGCAAUAAAAACUCCAGGGGUGGAGGGGGGGAUGUUUUCUUGACAAUGAUUCCGUUCA